UUAAAAGUAAAGCUUUUGCUACUCUCUAAAAUAAAGCAGAAAGUCUGUGAGCAACUUUCUUGUUUGAGAUACAAAAAAAUGGUAGCAAGAAGGUUGUCAAUAGCCGCAAAGGAAAGAUGGAGGAAGAGAAAAGCCGACAUGGAAGUAACCCACAAUGAGUAUUUUGUGCAUUUGAAGGAAGAGCAGUAUAUUCAAAGGGAAUCUUUAGCAUCCCAGAAUGAGGUGGCUGAGGGUCCAAGUCACUCUUCAUUGACAACUGAUAACGUGCAAAGUAAGGAUUCUCAAUCUGCAGCUUUUACCUCAAAGAGGAAAGUAACAAAGGGCAAUAACAUGAUUGUUAGGCGAUCCAAUCGACUUAGAAGCUUAGGGUUCUUCGGGAAAAGACGAGGGAAGGAACCUGUUCAGCAUAUCGAUCUUACCGACUGUGAUGGAGAUGAGGAGCUGCAUGUUGAGCCAAUCAGUCUUGAACCAAUCAGGGGUGUGAGUAGCUCGGAAAUUGAAGUUGACUGUCCGGUCCACACUCAGGCUGAUGGUCCAACAAACUCUGCAUUGACUAAUGCGCAAAGUAAACAUUCUCAAGCAAUUUCCUCAAAGAGGAAAACAUUAAAGGCCAAUGGCAUGAUUGUUAGACAACCUGGUCAGCUUAAAAGUAUAGGGUCAUUUGGGAAAAGACAGGGGAGGGAAGGUAUUCAUCACGUCGAUCCUACUGACUGUGAUAGAGACACAGAGCUGCAUGUAGAGCCAAUUUGUCCUGAACCGAUCAGGAAUGUGAGUAGCUCAGAAAUGAUAGUUGACCAUUUGGUCCAGACUAGAUGCAAAAGGCCCUUUGCAAGUGAAGCUACGCCAACAAACCUCAACUACAAAAUUCUGUAUACUGCCUCGGUGAAAAAGAUCGAGGCCCUGACGGAGGAAAACUAUCAACAAGCCCAGAAAUUACACUACAUGUCUGGAAAAGUCAAGAUAUAUGAGAAUGUGAUUGGCAAGGAUGUGGUUGCUUUUUCAAAUGGGUGGAGACCAACUGGUGCCGUGACGAACUUAUCUGAUGGAACAGUCAAACAUCAUCCAGAGGCUCCUGCUCAAAACUCUGCCCGUGCACCUAAACCGCCUCCUGUAAAGAGAAAGUACAGCGUUAAGAGGAUGAAGAAAAACUAGUAGGAAGUGUGCUCAUCCUUGUUGAAGGAGUUUGCGUUUGUUUAUGCCUUCAACAGAUCCUAAGCUAUAUAUAUCUUUUGCUCUGUGGUUUUAGUAAAAUGUUAUGUCUGGUGAAACUCUCUUGUUUUUGCCCCAUGUUUUGCCCUGAGUUCACCUGCAUCUUGGAUGUAUGUAAAUAUAUGCAAGCUAACUUGGAAGAUCUCUGCUUUGUCCUCUUUCCAGAAAAUGUUAUUACUACUAUUUACUAGUGACACUGGAACCAGAUGAAAUUAAGUUUUG